UAUGGAGAUCAUCCCAGGGAAAAUUGUGCGACGUAUAUGGUCGGCUUUAGAGAGAAAUCAAACAAAUGUUUUAAUAAAAAUAAUUCACCGAAUCACCUUUGUGAUUCGUUUGUAUCUGCCACACCCAUCAUUGUCAAAUCAGCUGUUUUUGAAGUUUCAGGUUAUACUUUUGUAUUUACAUUUGUUGAAGUGCCUAUUUUUUACCUUGCAAAUAUUGAAAAAUGGGGCCAUCAUCAGACUAUUACAGCCCAUCGUUGGAAAUUAGAAAACUGCCCCCAAGGCAUGUCAAAGAACUUACUUUAAUGCUUGAGACUCAUGAACUUUGGAAGCGUGUUAUGUCUAUUAUACCAAAGAAACUGGAAAAAGAGAACUUUAAAUGUGAUAUCACACCACAUAAUCCAAGGAAAUACACAUCAGAACAUUUCAGACUAAUAGAAAGGGAGACAGAUCAAACCCAUCGGCCCUCAACAGAGAUACUCUUUGAAGAAUGGGGUACAUCAGGACGAGUUAGGCCUAGUUUAGGCCACCUAUUGUACCUUUUGACAAAAUUAAAGCUGUUUAGAGCUGCUGACUAUGUUGCUGAAACUUUGCUGAAUCAGGAGAAGCCUCCUAGGCCUGAAAUAGGCCCUGGUGCUCCAGUUCCUAUUCCAAAACCAGUUGAGCAGCACAAAAAUCCAACUGAUGAGAGGGAGAUUGAAAAAAUAUUGGAUGAGAUUGAUUAUCCCGCUCAAGCAGUCAAUAGAAUAAGAAGUAACUCUCAAGGAAGCAAUAAGUCUAAGUCUCCACCUCCCGCAGCUAUACCAGAAAUAGUCAUAACUCCAAAUGAAGAAUUCGUCCCAACUUUUCCAACAAGGUUUGUGACACAACGAGAAAAACCGGUGUCAGACAUGAUAAAAUUCUCCACAGACACAGUUGAGAGUGAAAGUAGUAUCUAUGAAGAUUCUGACAGUACUAUAUCAAACAAUCCAGGAAUUGUUUCAGAUAGUAAUAAUGUGACUCAGUCAACAAGUGACAAUGAAACCUCGGACAGCUAUUCAUACAACCAGGAAACUGGGGAUGUCUGUGUAUCUGAAAAUAUACCAAGAUUAUCUCAAAUUCUACCAUCAGAAAAAAUUAAACCCAAAGCACGUGUCAGCUUUGCAGACACUACAGACAACAAUAAAGACUCGGAUAGUUCUGAAGAUGACAGCCUCCCCAACAUACCAAAUUUAGAAGCAAUCAUUGGUCUAGAGAAAACCCACAUUAAGGAGCCACCAAGUGAUAAACCAAUCUCACCAUUGCCAAGUUUGAGUCUCAAUACAGCAUUGCCACAUCUCAGUUAUUCUGAGCUUGAAGUUGCUACAAAUAAUUUCGAUGAAUCCAGCAUUGAAGAAAGUGGUAGACUCUUAGGCAAAGGUAGUUUCGGAACCGUAUUUUUAGCCCAUGGUCUACUCAAUAAACCUCUAGCUGUCAAAAAACUGACAUUAGAACUGAAUAAUAGUGAAGUGGACAACGAAAUAGAUACAAUAACGAAACAAUUCACGAAUGAAAUAGAAAGUCUCAGCAAAUAUAAACAUGAGAAUUUACUGGAACUGCUAGGAUACUCUUGUGAUGGAAAUACAUACUGUCUCCUAUAUGAGUAUAUUACAGGAGGAACACUGAGGUACAGAUUGAAGGGAGAAGGUGAAACAUUAAUGUGGAAGGAUCGAAUACAGAUAGCAAAUGCGACAGCCAAAGCUGUGGUCUACUUACACACUGCCUAUUCUACGCCUUUGAUACACAGAGACAUCAAAUCUCUCAACAUACUGCUUGAUGAGAAUAACAAACCAAAGUUGUGUGAUUUUGGCUUGAUAAAAACGACACCGAGUCAAGACACCAUAAAAGCCACCACAAUUUUUGGUACGAGUGCUUACAUGGCUCCAGAAGCGUUCAAAGGCAACAUUUCUGUUAAACUGGAUACAUUUAGCUAUGGAGUUGUGUUACUAGAAUUGCUGACCUCACUUCCACCUAAUGAUGAUGAGAGAGAAGAUAAUGAUUUGGUAACUCAUGUGUAUGGUAUUGAGGAUAAAAUGUCACUUGUAGACAAAAAUGCAGGAUCUUGGAAAGAAAACGAAAUCAACUAUGCUGAGAAAUUCUAUGAUAUAGCCGAAAGGUGUGUAGAAGAGAGAAAGAAUGAUAGACCCACCAUGGUUGAGGUUGAAAAGCUAUUACAAACCAAUUUGAUCAACUAUUUGUGGAUAGAUCUGCCAGAGUAAAUUAUUUUUACUAAAAGAAUAAAGUGUGCAACGUAUUUUAAUUUUUGUCUCAACUAGGUUGUGGUUUGCAGAAAAGCCUUCAUCUGCCUUUGUCAGCGAUUCCCUGCAGACUGUUAUUUUGUGAUAAUGCGAUGAAAUGAAAAACUAAUAAAUGUGUGUAAAAAUGUGUUUAUGAAAAAGGUGAGUUGACAAUUUAUAGAAUAAUUGAAUCAACCACCAUAUGAUAUCUAUGUUGACAACAGAUUCAGAUAUACAGUGCGACCAUCGAACUUUAAAAGCGCGCGAACCCGAAAUAGCAAGUAUAGAGACGCGACAAAGGUUAUCUUACAGGUAUAACUAAGUAACAAGUUAAUAUAUUACAAAAUCAUAUUUUUAAAUGAAUGUCACUGUCCGACGUUUGUGUUCAAUAUGUACGAGAGAGAAGUGUGUAUAGACACAUAUGUAUGUUAGAAAGAGAUAGAAGCCGACUGCAUAUCAAUCUGCCUCGUUGCCAAUAUGUUACACCAGUUCCAUGAAUUAAAAUGCAUAUUGCAAAUUUGCAUUAGUUUAUUCUCUACGCCCGAAUGAUGGUUUUAUUUUGAGCGUACACAUUUUUGAAUUGUGAAUUGUGUUGAAUCUGUUUAGAAUUGAUUCCCGAUCGGUCCUAACGGAAUUUUAGGUCGAAAUGAAAGGUCAUGAUCGCCACAAAUUGCAUCAUUGGUUCGUUUGAUAACACCUCAUCUUGUACAUUCCAAGGCAAGGUUUCCACCUCCAUGAUCAUAGUUGAGCAAUUUUGGCCAGUACCCAUCUAGCGCUCUUAGGGGAGUGUCGUCCUGCUUCGAAAUGGAUUUCACCUGCAUACGCGCAGGGAGUGAUAACUAUCGCAAAAUGCAACAAUAACUCAGGAUGUGUUGAUUUUAUCACCAUCGGUGCAUAUCACUCAUAAUUUUAAAAUAACUUAAAACACUAAACGUUUGUUCGUACAGUGGUCGGUGACUUGUUGGUGAAUGUGUCUGGGAUCCGGUCAUGUGAAUUCUGCCUAAAUAGCGUAGCAGAAUGAAAGGAAUUUGUGUGGCGGGAUCUUGGACACGAUCACUUACAGGUUGGUGACAGCUGUACGAAGAGGGCUUAAGUCGCAUCAAAAUUGAAAUAAAUAAUAAUAAUCAAAAUGGUAAAAAAAUAUUAAAUGAAAUGUACGAACAGACCUGUUUAUUGGGUUUGACAGUAACCUAACCUAUUGUAGAAGCCUGUGCAAACAUUUCCUGGUUUAACAUAUUAGCAACGCGCUAGAUUGCACCUUCUGUGCCACCGUUGCUAGGCAAUAUGGUGAUGACUUUCGCUCUUCAGACGGCUUCUAUUUCUUUCUAACAUGUGUUGAUACACACUCCUCGCGCUUCGUACUCGUACACAUUGAACUCAAGCUGUCAGACAAAUUUGGUUUUCCCUGUAUACUUGAUACUUUUUCUGGAUAUUCUCUAUGGUAAUGUCAUUACUUAGGAUUUGGGAUAUCCUCUUUCAUCAUCGAGAAAUUCUAACUUAGGAAGAAUAAACACUUUUCUUUAAAAGGAAAAUGGAAAUGAUUUUAAUACAUCUAAUGAAAUUGCAACCCAACUUGGAGACGGGGCUGUGACGCUGGGAAAAUAUGUUAAGCAAUGGUACCAUCCUCCAUUUCCAUCAGACCUGGAAAUAUAGCUUUCUCAAGAUAUGAGAUAGUGAAUAAAAACAAUUUUACCUAAAUAUAUCACUAUUUAUUUUCUAUAUUACUACCACUAGCUUGGCUAGAUACAUCUAUCAUAUGCUGCGAGUUCGUAUGCGAACAAGCUGUCACCUGACUUUCGCGCGGUUCGACUCCUUCAGACUGACUCGCUGCAGUGUUGCCAAUACUACUACAACCCUGUUUAUCUCCUAUUUCCACCAUACUAGAUACAUUUAGGCUUUGCAAAGUUGUUCUGGAAAAUAUGCUUUCGCUCACACAUAUCAACUGAUCUUCAUCUCCAAUGUUGCCAAGUAUUUCUUUAGAGAACUCUUGAUUUGCGCUAACAGCAGUGCUAACACAUGCUGCGAUGUUGCCAGAUCGUAUACACGAAAAGUCUGCUCUAGUUUGUGUGUCUAUAUCUUGAGUAUUUCCUAAAGGAGGUUGAAUUAAGUUUUGUAUUGUGGUACUACAGCUAGGCAUUUGGUUGUCCUUUAGUUCUAAACUCCGCGUAUCAGCGGUGGUUAUAUGACCGCUAGGCUCCAAUUCGUCAGUAUUUGUUUUUCCUGCUAUAGAUGGUUGGUCUAUGCUUUGGACAGUUUCCAUUUCAAUGACAUGUGUUUCUUGCGAUCUGCUUUGUAUCUGUUUUGGAGGCAUGUGUUUCAGUAGCUCUUUCAUUUCUAUCACUGUGGCCUGAUGAGUAUCUGCAAUAAAAUGUCAAUCUUAUUUGCUGAAAUAAGUCGACGUUUUACUUUCCACUCCACCGGCGAGAAAGUAUGGUAAUCGCGAAAAAAAUUUAAAAUGUUUUGUGGAUGUUAUAUGAUAACCAUGUCACUUAUUUCCGUUGGUAUGUCUAUCUCUCUGUCCGCUAAUCCGUGGCCCGUCUAUAACUUGGAAAGUACUGCUCGUUUUUGUCCGGAAGACAUACGAGUAGAAUGGUUUUCGAUGCGCGCGUCAAAAAGUCGGUAUAGAUAGCUAGACAGAUAAAUACAUAUUGUCUGAAGAAUAUAUUCUUAAUGACAAAGCUAACGUGAAAGUUUACAAGUUCACGGCGGAAUAUAUUAUUAAAUUGUUAAUUCUUUUGGUAGCACAUCAGCGAGACAU